UCACAACAGUUUCUAUUCUCCACUUUCUUAUAAAAUUACCAUUUAUAGACAAAGUGUCUCAAACUUUGUUCUAAUCUAAAAACAUUCUUAAACUUUGUCAACAAUUUUUUGUGUGCAUGUGUUACUCCAAUGGGGGAAGAAUUAAGUUUUGUAAUGGAAAACACAUCAAUGGAGGAAGAAGUUGAAGAAAGAGAUCCAGAAAGAAAUCCAAUGAAUGAACCACUUCUAAAGAGGAAUAGAACACUUUCUUCAAAUCCACUUGCUCUUGUUGGAGCAAAAGUUUCCUACAUAGAAAGCUUAGAUUAUGAGAUCAAUGAGAAUGAUUUGUUCAAGCAAGAUUGGAGAAGUAGAUCAAGAGGUCAAGUGAUGCAAUACAUUAUCUUGAAAUGGUUACUUGCAUUCCUUGUUGGACUUCUUACUGGUGUUAUAGCUACUCUUAUCAAUCUUGCUGUUGAGAAUAUUUCAGGGUAUAAACUCCUUACUGUUGUUGGAUACAUUCAACAAGAAAGGUACUUGAUGGGAUUUCUAUAUUUCUUGGGGACUAAUUUCUUGUUGACAUUCAUUGCUUCAAUUCUGUGUGUUUGUUUUGCUCCAACUGCUGCUGGACCAGGCAUACCUGAAAUCAAAGCUUAUCUUAAUGGUGUUGAUACUCCAAACAUGUAUGGUGCUACAGUUUUGUUUGUUAAGAUAAUUGGAAGCAUAGGAGCUGUUUCAGCAGGUCUAGACUUAGGAAAAGAAGGUCCAUUAGUACACAUAGGAAGCUGCAUUGCUUCCUUACUAGGCCAAGGAGGUCCAGACAAUCAUAGAAUCAAAUGGAAAUGGGUAAGAUACUUCAACAACGAUCGCGACCGUCGCGAUCUAAUCACAUGUGGAGCUUCGUCGGGGGUUUGCGCGGCUUUCCGAGCUCCGGUUGGCGGCGUUCUCUUUUCUCUUGAAGAGGUUGCAAGUUGGUGGAGAAGUGCUCUUUUAUGGAGAACUUUUUGUAGCACAGCUGUUGUUGUGGUUGUUCUAAGGGCAUUCAUUGAACUUUGUCAUGAAGGGAAAUGUGGUCUUUUUGGUGAAGGAGGUUUGAUUAUGUUUGAUGUUAGUAAUGUUGCUGUGAGUUAUAAUGUUAUGGAUAUUGUUCCUGUUGCUAUUAUUGGAAUCAUUGGUGGUGUCUUGGGAAGCCUUUAUAACUAUCUUCUUCAUAAGAUCCUUAGGGUCUAUAAUCUCAUCAAUCAGAAAGGAAAAAUAUACAAGCUUCUUCUAAGUCUCUCAGUAUCAAUCUUCACAUCAGCAUGUCAAUAUGGUCUUCCAUUCCUAGUAAAAUGUACACCAUGUGAUGAUCUAUCAAUGUGUCCUACAAAUGGAAAAUCAGGAAACUACAAACAAUUCAACUGUCCAAAUGGCCAUUACAAUGACCUAGCUACUCUUCUACUCACAACAAAUGAUGAUGCAGUUAGAAACAUUUUCUCAACAAACACACCUCAUGAAUAUCAACCUUUUUCAAUCUUGAUAUUUUUCACACUAUAUUGCAUAUUAGGUUUAAUCACUUUUGGCAUUGCUGUUCCAUCAGGACUUUUUUUACCUAUCAUAUUAAUCGGUUCGGGUUAUGGACGUCUCCUCGGAAUCAUAAUGAGGCCUUACACAAAUAUUGAUCAUGGUUUGUUAGCUGUUCUUGGUGCAGCUUCCUUGAUGGCAGGGUCAAUGAGAAUGACUGUUUCACUUUGUGUUAUCUUUCUUGAACUUACCAACAAUCUUCUUUUGCUACCGAUAACAAUGAUCGUUCUUCUCAUAGCGAAAACCGUUGGAGAUAGUUUCAAUCCAAGUGUUUAUGAGAUGAUACUUCAUUUGAAGGGUUUACCUUUUAUGGAUGCUGAUCCCGAACCGUGGAUGAGAAAUUUAUCCGUCGGAGAACUUAUUGAUGUUAAAUCAUCGGUUGUUAGUUUUCGCGGCAUUGAAAAGGUUUCCAACAUUGUUGAUGCCUUGAAGAACACUACACAUAAUGGUUUUCCUGUGAUGGAUGAUGGUGAUGAAGUUGAGAUAGUAAAAUUGCAUGGAGUGAUUUUAAGAGCACAUUUGAUAAAAGUGCUUAAGAAAAAGUGGUUUUUGAAAGAGAAAAGGAGAACUGAGGAAUGGGAAGUUAGGGAGAAAUUUAGUUGGGUUGAGUUGGCUGAGAGAGAAGAAAAUAUUGAAGAUGUUAUUGGUGUUACAAAAGAAGAAAUGGAAAUGUUUGUUGAUCUUCAUCCUCUUACUAAUACAACUCCUUUCACCGUGUUAGAGAGUAUGUCCGUAGCAAAAGCCCGAAUCCUUUUCAGACAAGUCGGACUUCGUCAUAUGCUUGUUGUACCGAAGUAUCAAGCGUCCGGGGUGUCUCCAGUAAUUGGGAUCUUGACAAGGCAGGAUCUACUUGCCUACAACAUUCUACCAGUCUUUCCUCACUUGGAAAAUUCUAAGGGCAGAGAAAAAAGCAAUUGAAGCUCUUAUAAUCAUUGAAUGUCCAUUCAGUUUAUUGGAAAAAGUCUAUUUCAUUUCACAAAUUUUCCCCCUCAGUUUUGUAUUACUUUGGCCAAUGCAUAGAGAGAUAAGAUAAUAGUAACAAUGUUAUACUAUAUUCAAAUUUCUUAUUCUUUCCACACAAUUUUUAUCAAGGUAAUGAAAAAAUAUUCCCUUUAUUA